UCUCUCUCUCACACACACACACAUACACACACACAAUACUUGCAAGCGAUCACUUCCUCUUCAGCUUCACUCUCAGCAAACCGAGGCCAAAAUAUAUCAUUGUAUGAUGUGAAAGGUGUUAACACAGAUGUGGAACAAAUCAAAGUCUCACUACAACUUGGAUAUUUCAGUUAAUAUUUGAAUUGGGCACAAAGGAACAAGGAACAACAAGCAUGGAUAUUGUGGAAACCUUUUCUUUGGAGACAGAUGAUAGGACGAGUCAGGAGAAGGCUAAGGCCAAAGCAGCCAAGAAGGAUCGUCAAGCAUGUGGAAAGGACAAAGUGCCAAUGGACACUGACCUCCCAGAGGAUCAUGUUGAUUUUCCAUGCCAAAUCCGAGUCAACCCGAACUUUUUUGACGAAAUUCAAGGGAUAAAAGCCGAACCAAGUCAGCGUGAUAGGUUUGACAUUAAGAGGCUUUUCGAUGCCGUGUCCAGUGGUGAUGUCACUAGGCUGGAGGGCCUGGAGGACUACCUGCGUAAAACAAACAAGAAGCUGACAAGCAGUGAAUAUCGGCCCAACGGCAAGACAGCCCUGAUGAAAGCUCUGCUAAAUUUGAGAAAUGGAGAUAACGCAACAGUGGAGCACUUGCUGGGUAUCGCAGAGAGAAUGGGACAUCUGGAUAAGUUAGUGAAUGCAUCAUAUACAGAUGGCUAUUAUGAAGGACAGACAGCUCUUCAUAUCGCCAUUGAGAGGAGAAACAAACGCUUUGCUGAGCUGCUGAUUCAGAAAGGGGCAGAUGUCCAUGCAAAGGCCUGUGGGACGUUCUUCCAGCCACUUAGUGAAACAUGCUUCUACUUUGGGGAGCUUCCGCUUUCUCUGGCAGCAUGUACUAAUCAGAAAGACAUAGUGGAUCUGCUGAUGAUAAAAGCAGACAUGAGGUGUAAAGACACUCUGGGCAACACGGUUCUCCAUGCUCUUGUGAUGGUGGCUGAUAACAGCCCUGUAAAUACAGACUUCAUCAUUUCCAUGUACGACUACAUUCUUACCAAAGACGCUGCUAAGAAUCACAAACAACAGGAGAGGCUGGAGGACAUUGAGAACAAUCAGGGACUUACAUCCAUCAAGCUGGCUGCGAAGUUAGGAAAGAUUGGGCUGUUUGAACACAUACUUCAUCGUGAGUUCCACCAAGAAGAGUGCAGGCAUCUGUCCCGAAAGUUCACAGAGUGGGCAUAUGGCCCAGUGUAUGCUUCUCUAUAUGACCUGAAGUCUAUAGACACCUAUGAGCCAAACUCUGUCCUGGAGAUUGUUGUUUAUGGUUCAGAAAUACCUAAUCGUCUUGAGAUGCUCCAAAUUGAGCCGCUUAAUAAUCUCCUGGAUGACAAAUGGAACAGAUUUGCUCACCGGAUAUUCCUGUUCAAGUUUAUUGUUUAUGUCAUUUAUCUCUUCAUCUUCACAAUUGUUUCUUAUCACCGUGAAGAAGGAGAUCCUAAACCUAAAGCCAGGAUGCUUAGUCCUAAUAAAACAUGGGAAAACAAUCUUGAAGACAACUUAAUGAUCGCCGGACAGAUCAUCAUGGCUAUCGGAUCAAUCUACUUCUUACUCACUGUGCUGAUGGACAUAAAGAGAAAGCGUCCAAGUCUGAAAACACUGCUGGUAGAUGGCUAUUCUGAGCUGCUAUUUUUAUUUCAGGCUGUGCUCUUUAUGAUUUGUAUGGGACUGUAUGUCGGUCGGAUGAGAGAGUAUCUUGCCUUCCUGGUGCUCAGUUUGGCUCUGUGCUGGGUCAAUCUGCUCUACUACUCCAGAGGAACUCGACACAUGGGCAUCUACAGUGUUAUGAUUCAGAGGAUGAUCCUUAGUGACAUUUUGCGCUUCCUCUUCGUCUACAUGGUCUUCCUCUUUGGAUUUUCAGCAGCCGUGGUCACGCUCCUCAAUAAUGACUCGGAGGUAACUGAAUCACAAGAUCGGAAUCAAGCAAGUGCACUCGAGGGAGACCAAGCGGAGGGACAGUCAUUGUAUAAAGAAGGUUUCAACAACUGCAAAAAACCCUCCUUUAAAACCAUCGCCUUCACCACGCUGGAGCUGUUUAAAUUCACCAUCGGGAUGGGCGACCUGGAGUUCACAGAACAGUACGAGUAUAAACAUAUAUUUUAUGUGCUGCUCAUAACCUACAUUGUGCUUACGUACAUUCUGCUGCUGAACAUGUUGAUUGCUCUGAUGAGCAAGACUGUGGAAAAGAUGUCCAAGGAAAGCACCAAUAUCUGGAAACUACAGCGUGCCAUUACCAUCCUAGAUCUGGAGAGAUACACAUGUUGUCUGAAGACGAAGUUGCGCUCAGGAGUGAAGAAGAACCUGGGCAAAAAAGAGGAGGACUGGCGGUGGUGCCUCAGAGUGGAAGAAGUCAACUGGAAAAAAUGGAACCACAACCUGGGUAUCAUAAGUGAGGAUCCUGGAGAAUGCAAUACAGUAAUGUUACCAGGACAAAGAGAACCCAGCCAGCGUGGGUUCCUACGUGAAAUUAGCCGACGGAAAACCAACACACGUUUGUCAGGGCAGGAGAGACAACCACUGGCAACCACCCCUGUGUAACAAAACUGGGAGUUGUGAAAAUUAUCUUUGAGCCCUGAUUCAAAUUUUUUUUUCUGGUGUGCUUUAAAUUGGUUAGGUAAUCAUUUAUUAUUAUUUAUUACUAUUAGUUAUUAGUUAUCCUAUAAUUACAUUUCUGACACCUUUUCUAUAUAUCACAUAUAGAGCUCAGCAACCAGCAGCUCCCACAUCAUGUCCAGUUUAUAAUUAAUCUCCAACCAGUAAACCAACCAGUCAAACAGGAGUCUUUCCCUUUUAUAAUCAAUGUCGAAUUAUUUCAUUGCACAAAAGUUGCACUCUAAUCCAAGAUCUUUGGCUGUAAUGGGGCGUCAAAAAUUCAUUCAUUUUCUACCGCUUAUCCGACUUCUCAGGUCACGGGGAGCCUGUGCCUAUCUCAGGCGUCAUUGGGCAUCAAGGCAGGAUACACCCUGGAUGGAGUGCACAACCCAUC